UGGGUGAUGCGUCUACCUACGCUGCUUGCUGUCAGUCAAAAGAGAGACACCUGCAGCUGCAAAACAAAACGAAGCCUGUGGUGUGUUUCGUUUGUGGUGGCUCUUGCGAGGCCUCGCGAUCGCGAGUGGCUGGCUGGAACCGAACCGGCUCCCAAGGGCCAUCUCCCUCCCUCUCCGGCUUCCCCACCCACCCACCUCUGCCGAGACCCGAGAGGAGAGAGUCAGACCGGCCGAGGAGCCAGCCACGCCACGCCACAGGGAAGACAAGAGAAGCAGAAGCAGAGGUGUGGGGAGGAGAGCCACAGGGAAGAAGAGAAGCCAGGAGCGGCGGCCGCCCUCGCCCUGCCCCAUGCGAUGUUGGCCAGGUCGCCGGCGCUGCCCUCCCCCUUCCUGACGGCCACUGAAACUGCCGCCGCUUCCUCGGCCUUCUUCCAACCCUGCCAUCUCUCGACAUCUCCAAGUGUCACCUUUUCCAAGAAGACGCAUGGAACAAGAUUAACUGUCCAGCCAAACGCUCGGCAUGGAAACACUAAAGCUGCAAGUAGGAUUCAAGGAAAAUGGCGAACACUGUCAUCUGACCCAGCUCAGGCCGCCGCUGUGGUGGAUGCCGCCGGUAACAGCAAGACAUGGGUAGAGUGCAAGCAGAUACUCACAACACUGAAUUUCUCCACCGAAGAUGCCGAGAAGAUGCUGAAGAAGGCGUUCGGAUGGCUCCAUUCGCCAUACUGGACCGAGGAGAGAAAGAAGGAGGUUCCGAGCACGGAGGUGGUAAGCGGAGUGCUGGACUACGUCAGGGGCCUCGGGCUAUCUGACGAAGACCUUUACAAGCUGCUCAAGAAAUUCCCAGAGGUUCUUGGGUGCGAUCUUGAGAGCGAGGUGAAGCUGAAUGUCGGCAAGCUGGACAGCGACUGGGGUAUAAACGGGAAGACUCUCCGGAGUGUUCUUUUGCGGAAUCCGAAGGUUUUGGGCUACAAUGUGGAUUGCAGAGGGGACUGUGCGGCGCAGUGCACCCGCUGCUGGGUUAGGUUUUAGUGUGCUGUUCUGAAUUAUUACUGCGAACACCUUCAGAAGUUCAGCCGAUACUCUGUUUUUGCAUCGAUUAAUCAAACCGAGCAGAUUUGUAUAGAUGGAUGUACUCCUCCGGGCAGGUUUAUAUGUAAAGCUCAUUUACCAGGUUUA